AUGGUGUUCGAGAAGUCGCUGACCGCCAUGGUGAAGGGCAUCCGUGCCCACCGGGGGAAAGAGUCGGAGUACAUCAACACCUGUAUCACCGAGAUCAAGAACGAGGUUACCUCCAAAAAUAUGGCGACCAAGUCCAUGGCUGUCCUGAAGCUUGCCUACUUGAACAUGCUGGGCUACGACAUGGGCUGGGCCACGUUUGCUGUGGUGGAGGUGAUGAGCACCAGCCGGUUUGCAACUAAGCGCCCAGGGUACCUCGCCUCCAGCAUAGCCUUUACUGACCAAACCGACGUGGGACUACUGACCAUCAAUCUUUUCAAGAAGGAGUUUGGUUCCAAAAGCGAGUAUCAGACUGGGAUGGCGAUCAAUUGCUUGAGCAACAUCUGCUCCUCAGAGAUUUCCAGGGACAUCAUCACCGACCUGCUGUCUUUGUUGAGCUCCUCUCGUGCAUAUCUGAGAAAGAAGACUGUGCUUUGUCUCUACAGGAUCUUCCUGAAGGACCCCCCAGCCCUGCGAACUUGCUUUCCCAAGCUCAAGGAGCGCCUGCAUGACGAAGACCAGGGUGUGCUUACGGCAACGGUCAACACCUUCUUAGAGCUGGCGAGGAAGAAUGCAAGGAACUACUUGUCGCUGGUUCCGCAGCUGUACCACGUUUUGGUCAACACGUCCAAUAACUGGCUCUCAAUCAAGCUGCUGAAGGUGUUUCAGCUGCUAUCGCCUCUGGAGCCUCGUCUUCCAGCCAAGUUGGUGGAGCCACUGACGAACAUUCUCAAUACCACGAAGGCCCAAAGUGUGGAAUUCGAGGCCAUUCGCUGUGUGGUCCGGUCCAUGUCUGAAGGUACAGCAAUUGUUGCCUUGGCCAUAGAGAAGCUCCAGGCGUUUCUGAACUCCUCCGAUCGCAACUUGAGGUACCUUGCAUUGUCCUUGUUCAAGGAGGUUAUCGAAAAGUUCAAGGACAAGGCACCUGUCAGCGACUUGCACGACAAGGUCCUCACCUCCAUCGAGGAAUCUGAUGUGACAGCUCGGCACAUCGCGCUCCAGCUGCUGGACAGGAUUGUUCAUCCAUCAAAUUUUCAGGAGGCCGUGCAGCGACUACUGGAAUUCAGCAGGAAAUCUGCACUCAACGACGAGUUCAUCGGAACAAUACUUCGUAUGGGCAUGAGAGAUUGCUAUGCGCUGGUGGAGGACUUUGCCUGGUACUUGCUGAUUCUUGGUGAGAUCAGCAGGAACAUUGACUCGUCACACGCAGAUACCGUUGCCGAGCAAUUUGUCGACAUUUGCGUUCGCGUCCCUCAAGUGCGGCCGUACGCCGUGACGCUGGCUCUGAGCCUUCUGGAUUCUUCGUGGGCUGGGGAGAUCGAAGGCACCGAGAAAGCCUCCGUUGGACCUGUGUCCAAUGCGAUGAUUGGUGCCUGCGCCUGGACUUUGGGAGAGUACUGUGGGGACCUGGAAGAGCCCGAGGCAAAGUUUCUCAGCGGGGCGCGAUGCCUAUUGACGAGCAAAAGAAUCCAGGCCUUGGACGCCUCGAUACAGACGCGAUGUGUUUGGGCCGCCACAAAGCUCUACAUCAAUGCAGCUCAUCAUGCUCCAGGGGUGGUGUUCCAGCUGCAUGACCUUCUGAAUGCCAACCUGCCGGCUUUCGUUCGCUCCACUCACGUGGAUGUUUCUGAAAGAUCCUCUCUGGUGUUGCAGAUGGCCAGCUUCUUCAAGGCAGAUGCUGAUCGCGUCACGACAGCAACCGCUGUCCUGUCGGACCCCAUGCUGCCGGUGAAGGCCGAUGCACAGGCACAAGUUCAGCCGUCAGUGGACCUUGACGAGCCCUUCUUUGCUCAAGAAGAUGUGCAGCCAUCAUUUCUUCCAGUUCGUGCGGACCCUGCAGAUCCGUACUCCUUGGCCUCGACUUACAAGGACGAUCUGGGUAUACUGGCAGCGCAAGAGUCAAGACCUGCCACCGGGCCAUCGCCUCAAGCAUCUCAGUCGAUCUUCUACUUGGGGCAGUCCAAGGAAUCGCAGGCAGCAGAAGGAGCACAGGCUGAGCCAGCUCCAGAUGUGGAGGUGAAAGAUCCUCUCGCUCAGAUGCGGGAGCGCCUGGAAGCCCAGAGAACUGCAGCACCCAAAUAUCAGGUAUUGAGAGAAGAGGUUUGUGUGCCAGGUGGUCUGACCAACAGCGUUGGUCAGGUCCCGUCCUCGAGCUCGACGGCAAGUGCCGUGCCAACUCCGCCUGAGAAGGAGCUGACAGAACUACACGGCCGGCUGUGGACGUGUCACCGUGGGCGACACCUUGCCAUCUAUGCCUGUGUGAGAUCGCCCAAUCUCAGGAAGCAGCAGUUGCGCAUAGACCUGCGCUGCGAAAGAACUGACCUGGACGGCCAACAGAUUGUCUCGGAUGUGACGAUGAGCUUCCCAGCUGGGGUCACCAUACAGGAGGCCGGCUCGACACAGCUGACUUUGGUGCAGGGCCCGCUGCAUCAGCGAUCAGCCAAGGUGAAAGUGAUUCUCGGCACUACUCCAUUCAGAUCGCCUGGCGUCAUCGUCUUGCGAUGUGAAGUGGAGUAUUCCCUGGCAUCUGAGAGUGCUGGAUCGAUGGAUAAGCAGGUUGAGCCCUUCGAGUUGCAGCUACCUGCCACAACUUUCCUCACUCCUCAGCAACUCACAGAGGAUGAUGUGUCCGAGUACAUGUCCCAACAUGCCGCAGAGCUAUUGAGUCACAAAGCAGUUCAGGCCAUAACCUUCGAUUCUGCUUCUUCGUUGGACUUGUCUGCUCUGGUUGGCAGGUGUGCUGGCCUUUGCCACCUUGCCGGCAUUCAGCAAGCGGUUCCUGCGCACAGCAAGGAUCUGAAGUUUAUUCUUGUGGGAGCCUGCAUGCCCACGUCUGAUGCAGAGGGUCAGCCGCCACUGAAUGCAAAGAUCAUUUGCAUGUGCGCGGCCAUGGUGAGGGAUUCCAGCCUUGAGCUCCGAGUCACGGUGAAAGCGUAUGACAAGGGUGUGGCCGAAGACAUCGGCUUACAACUGGUGAAUACGUUUCGAGAGUUGGUGGAGGGAAGGCUGAGACCAGAGACGUAG